AUGGCGUUGGAUAGCUUCUUUCAUAAUAAGAUUGAGAGCAUGAAGCUCGAAAUCAUUCAAGGUCAAGCGGUUCUACGAAGAUUAGAAGCUCAACGAAAUGACUACAACUCCAGAGUGCGCCUUCUACGAGAGGAGCUCGGUUUAUUACAACAACCUGGAUCCUAUGUUGGUGAGGUGGUCAAGGUUAUGGGCACAAAGAAGGUGUUGGUCAAGGUGCACCCAGAAGGCAAAUACGUCGUCGAUAUUGCGGAUAGUGUCGAUAUUUCAAAACUUACCGUUGGAAAGAGAGUUACCCUUCUAUCGGAUUCCUACAAACUCGAAAAGAUGCUCCCAUCAUCCGUCGAUCCUCUCGUUUCCCUGAUGAUGGUCGAAAAGGUUCCAGAUAGUACAUACGAUAUGAUUGGUGGUUUAGAUCAACAAGUAAAGGAAAUCAAGGAGGUUAUUGAGCUUGGUCUUAAGCACCCCGAACUUUUCGAAUCUCUCGGUAUAGCACAACCUAAAGGUGUUCUUCUCUACGGACCUCCGGGAACAGGAAAGACUUUGUUGGCAAGAGCUGUCGCACAUCACACCGACUGUAGAUUCAUUCGAGUUUCUGGUUCUGAAUUGGUUCAAAAAUAUAUUGGUGAGGGUUCAAGAAUGGUCAGAGAGCUGUUCGUCAUGGCAAGGGAACACGCUCCAUCCAUCAUCUUCAUGGACGAAAUCGAUUCUAUUGGAUCUUCGCGUGUGGAAGGAUCUUCAGGUGGUGAUUCUGAAGUUCAAAGAACUAUGUUGGAACUACUGAAUCAAUUGGAUGGUUUCGAGCCAACCAAGGGUAUUAAGGUCAUCAUGGCUACCAAUCGUCUAGAUAUUUUGGAUCCGGCACUGUUAAGACCAGGGCGUAUCGAUAGAAAGAUCGAAUUUCCGCCUCCAACUGUUGAGGCCAGAGCCGAUAUUUUACGAAUUCACAGCCGCAGCAUGAACUUGACUCGUGGUAUCAACUUGACGAAGAUUGCAGAGAAGAUGAAUGGAUGUUCAGGAGCUGAGUUGAAGGGUGUUUGCACGGAAGCUGGAAUGUACGCCUUGAGAGAACGCAGAGUUCACGUCACUCAAGAGGAUUUCGAUUUGGCGACAGCGAAGGUAUUGAACAAGCAUGACGACAAGGAAGUCAGUUUGGGCAAGUUAUGGAAGUAG